AAAGUGCAUCUCUCCUAAGAGCACCCACGAUAGAUCCCCUGAAGCCGACUCUCCCCACAUCACCAUCGCCUGGUUGCUACACCAUAUUUCUCAAUCAGUCUUAUCAGCUGCCUAUUUUCCUCAGUCAGCUUGAACGCGUUCGCAAUUGGCGGAUCCACAGCAAUGACAUUUCUGCUUUGGCUUGUCACGAAUCUCGUGCGCUGGGUGCGACUGAAGAUCUAUCAGUAUGAGGUGACUUUCGCCGUGUAUAUGCUCACCCCUACAGAAAAGUUCAUCUUUAAUUCUCUCCUCCUCACCCUCCUCACCAUGAUUAUCACCGGCAUUUACGUCUAUUUGCCCGAUCAUAUCCGAGCCAUUUACAGUCACUUAUACUACUACUGGGUCGGCGAACGUCCAUUCAUCUCCGGGAAUCUUCCGACCAUCAGUUCAGUAUUCCGCGAAGUCGGCACUCAAACGAUGGAUGUCCUCUACGAAACAGCGAAGAACCAAGCUGCCACGGUCACUGAUUCGAUUGCCGAACUCUGA